UACAAAGUAAAAGCCCCCUGCAAUAGCCCAUUUAUUUUGCAGCGUACAGAUAAAAGCCCGCUGCAAUAAAAAAAAUUCGCUGCAAAGCUAAUUAAGAAAAACAUUUCGGAUCUCAAACCUAAGGACGCUCAUACUCCCUCUUCUUCCCUCAGCUUUCCCUGCGUACUCUCUCACCUCCUCAUUCUUCUUCUUCUUCAUCUGCUCUCUUUCUCUCUCCUAAAUCCCUUCUUUCUCCGCCAUAUUCCCCCAAUUCUGAGGUCCUUUUCGUGAAUUCUCCCCCGUUUUCUCGCCGCGGUUUCUUACCCAGGUAACUCCCAUUUCGACGCUUUUUUCUGAAUCCCCCCUUUUUUGUUCUAAGUUUUCUCUAAUUCGUGGUUUUUUUUGGGUUUUUUGCAAGUAAUUGUUGAAAUUGGGUGACAAUUCGUCUUGGUUUUUGUGAAAAUUUGCUCGACUCUUUCUCUCCAAGCAUCUGGCCUUCGACCUCAGCCUUCGAACUCAGCCGCCUUCGAAAUUGAGGAGUGAGUCUGUACUUCAGCCCCUCAACCAGUUGCCUCCUCCAAAUGUCAAACGGGAGCUUAUAAUGCUUUCUUUACCGGCAAUAGCUAGCCAGGCCAUUGAUCCUAUGGCUCAGCUGAUGGAGACAGCUUAUAUUGGCAGUUUAGGUCCUGUACAGCUGGCAUCCGCUGGUGUUUCUAUGUCUAUCUUUAAUAUCAUUUCAAAGCUAUUCAACAUACCACUUCUUAGUGUUGCUACUUCUUUCGUAGCUGAAGAUUUAGCAAAGUCUUCUUCAGAUGGCGAUGAAAAAAAUGAAAGAAAACAGUUAUCAUCAGUUUCGACAGCGUUAUUUCUCGCUCUAGGCAUUGGCAUCAUUGAGGCGCUAGCUUUACUUUUGGGAGCUGGAUCAUUCCUCAGGUUAAUGGGUGUCUCAGCAGAUUCUCCUAUGCGAGUACAAGCAGAGAAGUUUCUGUCGCUUAGAGCUCUUGGUGCCCCCGCUGUUGUACUUUCUCUGGCUCUUCAGGGUGUGCUGAGGGGAUUUAAGGACACAAAAACCCCUGUAUUCUGUCUAGGUGUUGCCAAUCUUGCAGCUGUUUUUCUGUUCCCGCUUUUCAUAAAUUAUUUUCAGAUGGGUGUCACUGGAGCAGCCACUGCCACUGUUGUGUCUCAAUACAUAGGUAGCUUCUUGAUGAUUUGGUUUCUUAGCAAGAGAGUAAUAUUAUUACCUCCAAAAUUUGGAGAUCUGAAGUUUGGGGUCUAUUUAAAAUCUGGUGGAUUUCUGAUUGGAAGAACUGUGGCUGUUUUGAUAACUAUGACGAUUGGGACCUCGAUAGCUGCUCGUCAAGGUCCUCUAGCUAUGGCUGCUCAUCAAAUCUGUAUGCAAGUGUGGUUGGCUGUCUCUCUUUUAACUGAUGGAUUGGCCGCAUCUGGUCAGGUCUACACUCCGAGGAUUGCGCCUUAUGCGAGGAAUUUGAUGUGGUUCGUGAGCAAUGGGCUAAGUUUUUUACCAACAAGUAUUUAUUAUUGGCUUUAGCGCGCUUGAUCGAGUUGGUUUAGUUGUUAUAGAAUAAAUUUUAUAUUAAAAUGUAUGUUUAUGUUGAAAUUGGAACAUAUAUUUAAAUGUAAUAUGUGCACUUUGGUUUUGGGAUAUAUAGUAUACAAAACUCCAGUUGUUGUUUUUAUAUUUGUUAUACAGGUUGCGUUAUUCUAUUAUUGUUUUGACAGGUUUCUAUAUUUGGUGCAAGGCACUCUAGGUAUCCCUAAACAAAAUUAGAAUUUUCCCGCCAAAAGUGCUUUUUUGCAGCGUACAUAUAUGUUGUACGCUGCAACAAGGGAAAAAAAAUUUGCAAAAAUUCAGACUUGUUGCAGCG